UUUAGCAUAUGUGUAAACUAUAGAAAAAAGUUAUCGUUAUCGUAUUUGUAAUUAUUCGUAUCACACAUACCUAUCAGAAGUAGUAGAAAGAUAGUUAUGAUUACCUUUCUCCCCUUACUGAUUAGUUGAAGUUACUGAGUAGGCGGUUGUAGUUCGCAACGUACGUUUAUAAUUUUUAGUUAUUGAUAAUUAAUUUUUUACACUUUAAUAAUUUUUUUUGCUAAGAACAAAAAAAUUGAAAAUGUCUAAAGUAACCAAAGAUAUUGAAGCUCCUUUAGCUAAAGUUUUUAGGUACAUUGAACAAGAAAAAAAUAAUUUUGUGGAGAAUUUAAAAAAUGCGGUAUCUAUAAAAUCUGUUUCUGCUGAUCCAAAUUUAAGAUUCGAAGUUUUAAAGAUGAUGAAUUGGGCUAAUAAUAAAUUGAAAAUUCUCGGAGCUGAAGUAGAGCUAUGUGAAACUGGUAUUCAGGUUAUGAAUAAUGAAAAAAUCGAACUACCUCCUGUUCUAAUGGGAAAACUAGGAAAUAAUACUUCUAAAAAGACAAUAUGUUUAUAUGGUCAUUUGGAUGUUCAACCUGCUGAUAUAUCAGAUGGAUGGUCUAGCGAACCAUUUAUUUUAACUAAAAGGGAUGAUAAACUAUAUGGCAGAGGAUCAUCCGAUGAUAAAGGACCAGUUCUUGGUUGGAUGCAUGCAAUAGAAGCAUAUCAGCAAACUGGAACUGAGUUACCAGUCAAUUUGAAAUUUAUAUUUGAAGGCAUGGAAGAAUCGGGUAGCAUAGGUUUAAGCGAAUUACUUUCGAAAAGAAAAGAUACAUUUUUUAGUGACGUUGAUUACGUAUGUGUAUCGGACAGUUAUUGGCUGGGAACAGAAAAACCAUGUUUGACUUACGGUCUCCGUGGAAUGUGUAGUUUUGGUGUUGAAAUUAAAGGUUCUAGUAAAGAUUUACAUAGUGGAAUGUAUGGUGGAAUUGUAUUUGAAGCAAUGUCAGAUUUGAUUCACAUAUUAGAUAAAUUAGUAGACCAUAAGGGUAAAAUCCUUAUACCCGGGAUCUAUAAUGAUGUUGAACCAUUAAGUGAAAAAGAGAAAGAAUUGUUUAUGAAACUCGACUUUAACGUUGAUAACCACUUAACAGAUAUAGGUGUUUCAAAACCAUUAAAGGAAACAAAAGAAGAUCUUUUGAUAAACAACUGGAGGAAACCUAGUCUUUCAAUCCAUGGAAUUGAAGGAGCAUUUUCGGGUAGUGGUUUUAAAACUGUAAUUCCUCGUAAAGUAAUUGGUAAAUUUUCUAUUCGUUUGGUACCUAAUCAGGAUCCAAAAAAAGUAUCGGAUCAAGUAAAGUCUUAUAUAAAUAGUAUAUGGAAUUCACGUAAAAGUCCUAACAAACUAAAAAUAAUUCAGUCUAAUGAUGGCGAAAUACCGUGGAUUACAGAUCCAUUUAAUUCUCAUUUUAUGGCAGCACAUAGAGCUACAGAAAUAGUAUAUAAUUCAGAGCCAGAUUACACUAUUUGUGGCGGAUCAAUUCCUAUUACAUUAACAUUAGAAAAAAUAACUGGUAAAAGUGUUCUUCUUCUUCCAAUGGGAGCUGGCGAUGAUGGUGCUCAUUCGCAAGAUGAAAAAAUUAACUUGCUCAAUUACAUUGAAGGAACUAAGCUAAUGGCGGCAUAUCUGUAUGAAGUAUCAAAAAUUUAAAUUUAAAAUAGUUAUUAAUGAUAUUUUAAGUUUAAAUAUACAAUUAACUUUUUCAGCUAUAGUAUUAUUCUUAGUAUUAUUAUAUUAUAAUUAUAUACAAACUAUUUUAAAAUAUAACUAUUGUUAUUUUAUCCGACAAAGUAUUAAUAAAACUUAAUAUUUUUAUUUGUUUCCUUUAAAA